CGACACAAACUCUACCAAACCGGCUAGCCCAAUAUUUUUGCAAAUUCUGGGAGGCAAAUACGCAAUUAGGGGCGCUUAAACCCUUUCUCUCCCUUUCCCCUCUCUCUUUCUCUGCCCAACUUGUUCAAAGUAAUUUGUGAUUAAGCUGCCAUUAUUGUCCCUGCUAACUUUCUCUUCUGCUUACUACUGCCUGUAAUUGCUACUGGAUCACGCUUCUCUAGAUACCUCAGCAGGCAUGGAGGAUUUUGAUAUAGAAUUGGAUGAGAUGGAACUAGUUGCUGCUGCAGUUGGACACUAUUAUCAUAAUAGCAUAAACAAGCAGCCUCAACAUAGUCUGUUGCCUAAUCGACCUAAAUACAUGACCGAACUAAUGGAGGGGCCAGAAGAUGAAUGUCGUGAAAUGCUGAGGAUGGAUAAACAUGUUUUCCAUAAAUUAUGUGGCAUUUUUCGACAAAGAGGUAUGCUUCGUGAUACGGCUGGGGUGUCGAUUGAAGAGCAACUAGCAAUCUUUUUGAACAUAAUUGGGCAUAAUGAGCGUAAUCGAGUUAUUCAAGACAGGUUUCAGCAUUCUGGAGAGACCAUAAGCAGGCAUUUCAAUAAUGUUUUGAAGGCCAUCAAGUCAUUGUCUCGUGAGUUCUUACAGGCACCGCCAAUUAACACACCCCUACAGAUCUUUGGUAGCAGAAGACACUUUCCAUAUUUCAAAGAUUGCAUUGGGGUAAUAGAUUGCAUGCACAUUCCUGCAAAUGUGCCAGCAAAAGAUCAAACUCGAUUCCGUAACAAGAUAGGUUUUCUAUCACAGAAUGUUUUGGCAGCUUGCACUUUUGAUCUGCAGUUUAUGUUUAUAUAUCCUGGAUGGGAAGGUUCGGUAUCAGAUUCUCGUGUACUGCAAGCCGUUCUUGAUGAUCCAGAUCAGAAUUUUCCUCACAUUCCUGAAGGUAAAUACUACCUUGUUGAUACAAGCUACUUAAACAUGGAAGGAUUUAUCGCCCCAUUUCAAGGAGUCCGAUACUGUAAUCACGAGUUCAAAGGCGCUAACUGUCUACCAAGAAAUGUGCAAGAGCUCUUUAAUCACCGGCAUUCAACCCUACGACAAGCAAUCUUGAGGUCUUUCCAUGUGUUGAAAGAACGAUUUCCUAUUCUGAAACUUGCCCCUCAAUAUGCAUUUCAAGUUCAAAGAGACAUUGUCAUUGCUGCUUGUGUUAUUCACAAUUUUAUCAGGCAAGAAGAUUGCAAUGAUUGGUUAUUUUCAAGUGUUGAAGAACAGAUUGUGGAAGAAGCUCCAGAUUAUGACGAUCUGCUUGAUAUGCCGUCAGGAUCUCCAUUAAAAGAGCAAAUGGGUAUGUUGCUAAGAGACUCAAUUGCAACUUCUAUGUGGAAUGAUUUCUUGAAUGAAUGGAAUGAAUGGUGAACCUGUUGCAUCAGUUCUGACGGAGUUUAAUGCCAGUAACCAUCCUUUUGUACAGAAAUACAACAUUUGAAGAAGUAAUUUGGCAGAAUCUUGAUUAUGUAGAUUUAUUCUCAGUUUCUCACUAAGUUGGCCAGCUCUUACAGUUUUUCUUGAGCAAUUUACUUCCUGAAGCUAUAAAACUA